UCGACCUUUUUGAUGUGUUUGUGUUCGUUUUUUGGGGGGGAAUGCUCUUUAUCACAGCACGGAUAACGGAUCCCUGACUCAGUCUGGCUUUCUUGGCACAUAUGAAGAUCCUUUGCAGGAUGUUACAGUCUAAGCGGCCCAGGCAUCAUUGGGCCACUGUACACUAUCACCAUCACAUAUCACCACAUAGCUGGGGGUCCUGCUGUGUCUAGGAAUUAUCACCCUCUGCCUCCGACUGGGGGAAGAAAACGGAAUCUUAUCCAAUAAGUGUUUUGGUGAACAUUGACAUUGGCUUUACGAGUCUCAUCUCUGGGCUACUAUGCAAUUACAACUGAUCUCCUUUGUUUUGAUCAUCUUGCACUGCAUGGAUUACACUGGUUGUCAGCAGCACAGCAGCUCCAGGCACCGGCAACAUAAACAGAUCUCUGGUGUGAGCUCAGGGUGCCAGCAGGGUGGCUGUCUGACCUGCUCUGACUACAAUGGCUGCCUGUCCUGCAAACCACGCUUCUUCAUGCAUUUGGAGAGGAUUGGGAUGAAGCAGAUCGGGGUGUGCAUGACAUCCUGUCCUCCAGGCUUUUAUGGCACUCGCUCUCCAGAAAGAAACACCUGCACAAAGUGCAGGUCGGAGUGCGACUCCUGCUUCAACAAGAACUUCUGCACGCGCUGCCGAGCAGGAUUCUACCUUCACCUGGGCAAGUGCCAGGAGAGCUGCCCCGAGGGGCUGGUCCGCAGUGACACACAGAGGGAGUGUGUACCCAGGUGUCCUGCAGGGUGUGAGUCAUGUGUGAACGGUGAGACAUGUACACGGUGCCGGCCGAGCCUGUACCACCUCAGUGGGAAGUGCCACCAUGUCUGUCCAGAGGACUAUGAGCCCAAUGACAAACUCAUGGAGUGCACACCACAGGUGCACUGCGAGGUGGGUGAGUGGAGCGAGUGGAGCCCCUGCUCUCGGUCUGGUAGAAUCUGUCGGGGCCAAGAGAACCGCACACGGCAGGUCAUCCAGUACCCAUCACCCUUGGGCACACCCUGCCCUGAGAUCUCAGAGAUUAGAGAGUGCCAGGCCAAAAGGAAAAAAUGUCAAGGAGGACGAUGGAAUAAUGGCAAACGGAGGAACCGCAAAGACAAGGGGAACCAAGAGGGGAGACGGGAGAGGAAGAGAGAAAGGGAGCGAGAGAGGGAGAGAAACGCAGGUGAACGGGAAGACUCUGAUAACAGGAACAAAACAGAGCACAGGCAUCGCAGAGGCCAAGACAUAGACCCAGUCUCCCCUCAAGAUGGCCUUGUACAGUAGUGCUCUGGACAGACAAAGUCUAACGUCUUCCCACCCUCCAACUGUUAUCCUCCCAUUCUUCCUCCUCCAGAACUUCCCCAUCCUCACCAACUGUUCGCCCCCCUCAACCCCUCUCUGCAGGGGUGUUGCUGCUACCUGUAUGAUUUUAAUAUACUGUUUAUGCACAAGCGGGAUGGGGCACAUUCAGCCAAAAGGCUUGGGCCACUAUGGACUUUAAAGUCUUUUUAUCUACCCUGUAGCCUCUACUUCUUCACUUCCACCACUGAGAGAGAGUGUCUAUUGAAAAUUGCAAGAGGCACUGCUGAGACUGCUGUUGGUUCUGAAGAACAAAGUAAGAAAAGUCUGUGACUGUUUGGAGAACCAGCAGGCAGACGGACAAAGAUACAAAAACGUUACACUAUGUGCUUGUUGAUAUGGUUAUUUAAUGGGGCCCUGGUACAACAUUGCGCGUCUUGGUUUUUGAAUGUAGAUUUUGCAACAUUAUGUAGAACAAGUGUUUAUUAUUGUUGUUCCUGUUCUUUAGAUCUCUCUACUUUAUUUUAUUUGGUGCAAACUUUGUAAAGAAAAAAUAAAACUGAGUUUGCUCAUGCCAUCUUGUGACAACUUCAUAAUCACUACAAAUGAUUGGUGAAAUGAACCUGCAGGCUGUGAGUCAAAGGAGACUGAGUAGUUUGUCAGUGGAGUACGGUCAAAAACUGAAAACCAUUAACACGUGUUCUGUAUGUCUUGGACAAAAGAUAGUUUUAUCCAGAUAAUUGAUAAAUCUAACCUACCACUUUUUUUUUCUUUUUGUGUAAAUUGAAUCUGUGCUCUCAAUAAAGCUCCUUGACUAGGAACCAAAAGCACCUGUAUGUCAAAUAAAACUAUAAUGGGUUUGUACCUGUGUCUGUUACGUUUUCUCAUCUUACUGCCAUCUUGUGUGAUCCACUUGAAUGUGAUUAAAAUUGAAAGUGAAGAAUGCACCUAUUAAUGGUGGAUUCAAAGGUUGCCAUUGCCUCAUUUGGUUGGAAAUGGUAGUAACUAUAGUAAUGUACAUACUAUAACACUUGUCAUGGAUAGACAAUACAUCUCCUAGUUACUGAAUGCACAACAAAACUUUUCCAACUAUCAAACUUGUACACAAGAUAAGUGUUUUGUGCACACACCA